AUGGGGAAGCUUCAGGUUUGUAUUUGUGCCGCGCGGAGCCUGCACGACAGGAGAACGCUUUGCACACCUGAUCCCUAUUGUUGUGUACAGGUAGGCGACACAAUACAUAAGACAAAAGUCGUGAACAAUACAUGUAACCCUGUGUGGAACCAAACAUUUCGGUUUCACGUGGCCAACGAAGCUAACGCACAGGUGUGUGUCGAGCUUUGGAACAGAGACAUCGUUGCGGACGAAAUAUUGGGAUCUCUCUGCCUUCCUUUGACUGAUCUGACGAUGGGUAUCGCUCAGGAUUCAUGGUAUCUUCUUUCUCACUCUGCCACAAAUGCGGAGUUGCGCAUCCGUGUUUUAGCUUGUGACUUCGGUAAAAAACCGCAACUCAGUGAGCGGUGGAAGGUGACGAAUGAUAUCAAUAACUGCCCCGUGUUGGCCGCCGGUGGAAAACCGCCCGCGUCUGCCGACCCCGUCACCGUCCCCACAAACUCCAACAACACGCCAUUCGCAUCAAAGAUGGGGCCGGCUGUGGUUCCUGAAGCUGUAGCCUCAGCAUAA